UUAAAGAAAAAUACGAGAAACGUUAAACUCUUCGUUGUUUACUUCAUUUGUAAUGUGAUUUAAAAUGAAACAUUUUCGUUUAUUAGUUCACCAGAAAACAUUUAGUGAUGAAGAUUUAAUUAUCAAUCCAAAAGAUUUUCUCGAGGCUAAAGAAGGUGACAUUGUAGAAAUUUACCAUCCUGAUGCAGAAAAUGAUAAUCCUAGAUUAUUGCUCCAAAUUAAAAUGUUUAAGGAUGAUCUGCUUACCAAAGAUACCGUUAGUGUAGAACAAAGCAUUGCCACUGCAUUUGGAUUACAGACAUAUAAACAUCAAACUGUUUGUGUAAAAAUUGUAAAUCCAAAUGACGUAGCAUUGGAUUCUGUUGAACUUACUUUUAAAGAUCAGUAUAUGGGACGUUCAGAAAUGUGGAGACUUAAACAGAGCUUGACAAAUACAUGUGUUUACAUGAAUAAGAAAGUUGAGUUUUGUGGAGGUGCUAUUCGUUGUCAAGUAUAUGAAAUGUGGUCCUUGGGAGAUAGAGUUGCAUGUGGAGUAAUAAAUGAUGAAACUAAAAUAGUUUUUCGUUCUUCUACAUCACUUGUAUACCUUUUUUUGCAAAUGUCAUCAGAAAUGUGGGACUUUGAUAUAUACGGAGAUUUGUAUUUUGAAAAAGCUGUGAAUGGUUUCUUAGCUGAUUUGUUUCAAAAAUGGAAAAAGAAUGGUAGUAAUCAUGAGGUUACUAUUGUUUUAUUCUCCCGAACCUUUUAUCAAGCAAACACUUUGGAAGAAUUCCCAGAACAUAUGAGAGAAUGUUUACAACAGGAUUAUAGAGGUCGAUAUUAUGAAGACUUUUAUAGGGUUGCUUGCCAGAAUGAAAAAUUUGAUGAUUGGAGCACGAUGUUGGUUCAGUUACGUAAAUUGUUUGCUGGAUAUUUAAAAGUUGUUUUAGAAUAUCACUCAAAACCUGGAAUUACCAUACCUGCUAGUACGAAUAGCACAGCUGCCCAAGGAAAUUUUUUAGAAGUUCUUAAUAUGUCUCUAAAUGUUUUUGAAAAACAUUAUCUCGAUCGCAGUUUCGAUAGAACAGGUCAAUUAAGCGUUGUUGUAACACCUGGUGUUGGCGUUUUUGAAGUUGAUCGAGAAUUAACUAACGUUACCAAACAGAGAAUUAUCGAUAAUGGUGUUGGAAGUGAUUUGGUUUGUGUUGGGGAACAACCUUUACAUGCGGUACCUCUGCUGAAGGUAUUUUUACUUUAUUUUAUAAAUUCAAAUAAAAAAUGCCUAUAUAAAAAUUGGGCUAUUAGUUCUGAUAAGGAUUUUUCUCCACCGCCGAGGCUGGUGGUUGGAUCUGCAGGUUCGCCACCCGUUGUAGGCUUUUCCAAUGAACAGCACAGAAGUAGAGCCCUCAUAAAUCCUUUUGAUCCAUCACACGUUACAAUAAAAUUGACGUCCAAUCGACGACGGUGGACACAUAUUUUUCCUAAAGGUCCAACUGGUGUGUUAAUACAACAACAUCAUUAUCAGGCGGUACCUGCCCAACCUCUCUACUCUAAAGAGUCCAGACCAAAUUCGCCUGUUUCAGAAGCCCAAUUUUCAACAGUGCCAUCAAACAGCUUUGCAAAUUCUUCCAAUAAUUCGAUUUCAGCAGCUGCCCUUUUGGAAUCGCAUAUAUAUAUAUUUUACGUUGUUUUUUCCAUGACUCUCUGCGUUGGACAUCGGGUCGCUACAGUGAACGAGGUUCUGAUAGGUGUUGAUUGGAAAUCACUGACAAUACCUGCGUGUCUUCCAAUAACGACGGACUACUUUCCAGACAAGAGAGCUCUUCAGGUCGAUUACGUCUUUUCACUUUACCACUUGUUACCCGAUGAUGUGAACGCUGAUUUUGCACAGCAGCGUACGAACUAUAAAAAGCCUUUAUCAACCGCCGAAGUUUUUCGAGAAUUGGUGUCACAAAGAUUGGCCCAGGGUUUUCAACUCAUUUUAUUGCCAAACAAAGACUAUUCAUUGUACCCCACUCAAACGUCGUCGAGUGCUAGCUUGCUAUCACGAAAAAGGGCAGAAACUGAACCAAUUGAAGUGUUCUAUCUUUCCAUAGGACGGAUUUUUCAUAAGAUUUCCUUAAGCGGAAAUGCAAUUACCGUUACAAGAUAUAGACCAAGGCAUCCAUAUCCUUCAUUUAACAUCCAUUAUAGAUACAGAUUUCAGGCGCCAUAUCAUGAAACAUAUGAAGUGUCCUGGGUAAGUUUUACUACCGAAAAAUUAGAGAACUACCAUUGGAACUAUUUGGACCACUACAUAUGCACUAGAGGGGAUACAGACUUCCUAUUAGUGGAGGCAUUAAAAUAUUGGAGAUUCCGAAUUUAUCUUUUGCCUUUAAAUAACUCCGCAACAAAAAGGAUAAUAGAAGGUGCACCACACUACGACAUAUACAGUCCCCUUACAGCAUCUGAUCAUACUCUGAAUGCGGAAGGUUUUUUAAAAUUUAUCGAAACGGCCGUCAACAAAAUAAAACGAGCGUGUACAGUAAAGAAACCAAGAAUGUCUUUGAGCAUGCCUAACAAUGCGUCCCUGAUUCAACAGCGGCGCCUAAGCUUGAGUGCCAUUAUAUUAAAGAACGAAGCACUUAACCAGAAUGCUGUAGGCAAUUCGCCGUUCCGUGAACGUCUAGGAAGUAACCGUUUACCAGAAAGACCAAUGAGGGCCAGAUCUGGUUCUAAAGGAAUGGAGAGAGGUCGCAACUCGCCAGCGGUCGAAACUUCCCAGGGACAAACCUAUGAUUCCACAACUCAUGAGACUAAUGAUGAAAAUGUAUUUAUUCAAGAAAUUCAUCUUCGAGUUACUGCAACAUCUGCUGAAAUAGUAGAAGCUUUGAGACAUCCUAUAACUGGUUUAAAUAUUCUUAAUGCACAGCAAAAUUUACCAUCCACCACAUUUGUUGCUGCAGAUGCAGUUAAUUGGUUAAUUUCAAAUAUGGAAGGCGUAACCUGUAUUGAGCAUGCAGUAAGGAUUAUGGAAUCACUCAGAAGGGAACAACUUAUAUGUCAUGCAUCUGGAGAAUACACAAAGCAGUUUGUUUAUGGCUUUUUCCUGUUUUACUUCACACAAAUUGAUAAAGAUGAAAACAUUCUGCCAUCGGGCGACUUACAGGGUUUUGAAAAUGAGUGGCUGGAAGUUGAAAUGCGACCUUCUCUAAACUGGGGCAAUAGUAUGUCUUCCACAACAAUUAAUGUUCCUAACAGGACGGUCGUACAAGACCGAGAAAGCGGUGUGCCACAUUUCUUGUGUGAAGCAAUUGAUGCAACUUAUCUUCAGGGAGACUUAGAUAAUGAUUGCCCUAUGUAUAAAAGUAUGUACCUGGAUGUUGAUUUUUCAAAUAAAAGUGACAGAGUUGAAUGGGGUCAUGCUAGGUAUCAAACGAUUUUUAGGCCUGAUCAAGCUUAUGAGAUUGUUGUGGAAUGGUUAGUAGCUUCUGGAUCCAUCGUUGCCGAAUUGUUGUUCAGUUGGCACAGGAAGGCUCAAGCUUGCGGUUUACAACUAAUUCCUAUCCCACAUGAUCCACUUGCAUUGCCUUAUUCGAAUAAGUCUGAUCCUUUAAGAGGACCUAUUUUUAUACCUUUAGAUACAAAAUGUCUAAUACAGAAACACAAGAGGCUAUUUGAAGAAUUUAGAGAAGAUACGUGGAUAGAUCGAAUGUUCCUGUUUCAAGAGGCCAUUCUAUCGAGAUUCGGUUUCCUACCUUGUAUGGUGCAACCUCGACAAUCUGGUCAGAGUACUCCUAUGUGCCAAGAACAUCAAUAUAUCCACUGCACCGGUACCGUAUUCAUAUUGUUACCCAGUCCUAUUCCUCGAUUACGAAAUCGACUCACGUCAAUUAGCCAGAGGAGAACAGGUUCGAGGUAUCCAUCUCACAUAGACAUGGCACCCAGCCCGCAUGAGGCUUACAUUACGCGACACGUUAGUGGAAAGAAUAAGGAUGAUUAUGAUACUACCAAAAAAAUCGGUUUUUUGUGGUCUUGGAAUCAUAUGGUAAGUCGUCGGUGGCGUACAAAUCAAGCAGUCGAUUACAACUUUCAGGUAAAAAUGUUAAAAGAUUUUCGAGAAUUUUGCAGCAAUCAUGACAACCGUUUGAAAUAUUAUUGGGAGCAAUGUUGGGAAGUGAAAGAAGACGCUUGCACCAAACCUAUAUAAUUAUAUGAGCAAGUGAUUAAAGAGUCAAGAAUAUGAUUUAUGACAUAGUCUGUGAUGUAAUUUUUUAUUUAAGUAACUGAUUAUUGUUUAUGUUUUGUAAUAUUAUCUGAUAAUCCAGCUGUAUGGAUCUAUUUUGUUGUCA